UUCAUUGGCAGUCUCUUGUCAACAGAGAUGCUCGAUAUCGCUGCGUAAUUCAUUAUUUUCGUGUAAUCAAAGUACAAAACGCGAGUGUUUCGAGUCUUUCUUUCUGUAGUGAUUUGAUAGGUAAGUCGCCUUCUGCGCCAGUGAGUGUAAAGGUUAGACUUCAACAAGUAUUCGUACGCUACGGAACUAUUUUUUUGAGUUUAACUUCGUCAAAAUAUCUGUGAUUUAAUUGUAGAAAAACAAAAUGAAGGCUAUCCUGUUUUGCUUCGUCGUAGUCCUGGCCGCGGUCGUCCCGGCUUUCGGUACACAAUGCCACGUGAACCCAGUCCCCAUCCGCAAAGAAUGGAUCACGGUGGUGCGCGGCUGCCGCGACGCGAUGCGGAAGCAGAUCCAGACGGAGGUGGGCGCCUCGCUGCAGUACCUGGCCAUGGGCGCGCACUUCUCUAGGGACGGGAUCAACCGCCCCGGCUUCGCGAAGAUGUUCUUCGACGCCGCCUCGGAGGAGCGCGAGCACGCCAUGAAGCUGAUCGAGUACCUGCUCAUGCGGGGAGAGCUCACUGCUGACGUCACCUCGCUCAUCACCAUCCGGCCCCCGGAGCGCAAGUCGUGGGAGAGCGGCGUGGACGCGCUGGAGCACGCGCUGAAGAUGGAGUCCGACGUCACCAACAGCAUCCGACAGGUCAUCAAGGCGUGUGAAGAUGAUGCAGAGUUUAAUGACUACCAUCUCGUCGACUACCUGACCGGUGAAUUCCUGGAAGAGCAGUACAAGGGCCAGCGCGACAUCGCCGGCAAGGCAUCCACGCUCAAGAAGAUGAUGGACAAACACGCCUCCCUCGGGGAAUUCAUCUACGACAAGAAACUUAUGGGAAUGGACAUCUAAAAACGUAUUUAAAAUCUUAACACUCCAGGCAUUAUAAAAUGUUUCCUUAGUCCACGUCGUGCCGGAGGUGUAAAAAAAGUGAUCUGUCACAAUUUCCUGCCAAGUGAGGAAAAGCAGCGGGAUCUAUGGUCAAGUUUUGUUUUUUUAAUGUACAAAAAGUUAGAAUAGAUGAUUUGAUUUUCAGGAUGUUUAAUUAAAGUUUUCUUUUUGCUGAAUAUACAAAAUUAGUUAGUUUUAAAUAAUACCUAAUAUAAUCGUUGAUCAAUAUACUCCACUAUUUUGCCAUCUUAUUCGUCAAUUAAGCUGAAAAGACGUUAAGUAAUUUAUGUAAUUAGAUUUUAGAAUUAUGUAGAGAUCAUUCAUAAGAAACGUACUUUUCAUAGCCAAAAGUAUUUAAAAUCAACAUACAUGUUCUUUUUCUUGGUAUUUUUCUUUAAUAAAGUUUUAUCUACAGUAA